GCGAGAGAAGGAGAAGCUGUUACUCUCCCGCCUAAUUCAGGUUUACCAACAAGCCGGUUCUGAGACGCCAUCCCGUGGGGUGCUGUUGCUCUUCUUGUCGCGAUUGUCCCUCCUUCUUCCCGGAAUUUGGAAUCGAGUGAGUUUUCUGACCUAUUUCAGCACCGGACCCAAGGGUACUUGGAGAGGGAACUGGUCUCGGAGGAGGUGGACUGACCAUAGAAAUGAGUCCUGCGGAUGCCCUCGAUGAUGAAAACACAUUUAAAAUCUUGGUUGCAACGGAUAUUCAUCUGGGAUUUAUGGAAAAAGAUGCCGUGAGAGGAAAUGAUACAUUUGUAACAUUUGAUGAAAUUUUAAGACUUGCCCAGGAAAAUGAUGUGGAUUUUAUUUUGUUAGGUGGUGAUCUUUUUCAUGAAAAUAAACCCUCAAGAAAAACAUUACAUACCUGCCUCGAGUUAUUAAGAAAAUAUUGUAUGGGGGAUCGUCCUGUACAGUUUGAAAUUCUCAGCGACCAGUCAGUUAACUUUGGUUUUAGUAAGUUUCCAUGGGUGAACUACCAGGAUGGCAAUCUCAACAUUUCAAUUCCGGUGUUUAGUAUUCACGGCAAUCAUGAUGAUCCCACAGGGGCAGACGCACUCUGCGCCCUGGAUAUUUUAAGUUGUGCUGGAUUUGUCAAUCACUUUGGACGUUCAUUGUCUGUGGAGAAGAUAGACAUUAGUCCAGUUUUGCUUCAGAAAGGAAGUACAAAAAUUGCUCUAUAUGGCUUAGGAUCCAUUCCAGAUGAAAGGCUCUAUCGAAUGUUUGUCAACAAAAAAGUAACAAUGUUGAGACCCAAAGAAGAUGAGAACUCUUGGUUUAACUUAUUUGUGAUUCAUCAGAACAGGAGUAAACAUGGAAGUACCAACUUCAUUCCAGAGCAGUUUUUGGAUGACUUCAUUGAUCUUGUUAUCUGGGGCCAUGAACAUGAGUGUAAAAUAGCUCCAACCAAAAAUGAACAGCAGCUCUUCUACGUGUCACAGCCUGGAAGUUCAGUCGUCACGUCUCUUUCCCCAGGAGAAGCUGUAAAGAAACACAUUGGUUUGCUGCGUAUUAAAGGAAGGAAGAUGAAUAUGCAGAAAAUUCCUCUCCGAACAGUGAGGCAGUUUUUCAUGGAUGAUGUUGUUCUGGCUGAUCAUCCAGACAUUUUUAACCCAGAUAAUCCUAAAGUAACGCAAGUCAUACAGAACUUCUGCUUGGAGAAGGUUGAAGAAAUGCUUGAAAAUGCAGAACGGGAACGUCUGGGAAAUUCUCGACAGCCAGAGAAGCCUCUUAUACGACUGCGAGUGGACUAUAGUGGAGGCUUUGAACCGUUCAGUGUUCUUCGCUUUAGCCAGAAAUUUGUGGAUCGGGUAGCUAAUCCAAAAGAUGUUAUCCAUUUUUUCAGGCACAGAGAACAAAAGGAAAACACAGGAGAAGAGAUCAACUUUGGCAAAUUCAUCUCAAAACCCUCAGAAGGAACAACACUAAGGGUUGAAGACCUUGUAAAACAAUAUUUUCAAACUGCAGAGAAGAACGUACAGCUCUCACUUCUAACAGAAAGGGGAAUGGGUGAAGCAGUACAAGAAUUUGUGGACAAGGAAGAAAAAGAUGCCAUAGAGGAAUUAGUGAAAUAUCAGUUGGAAAAAACACAGCGAUUUCUUAAAGAACGUCAUAUUGAUGCACUAGAAGAUAAAAUCGAUGAAGAGGUACGUCGUUUCAGAGAAAGCCGACAAAAGAAUACGAAUGAAGAAGAUGAUGAAGUUCGAGAGGCCAUGAGUAGGGCCAGAGCCCUCAGAUCUCAGUCAGAGGAUGCUGCUUCCGCCUUGACUGCUGAAGACCUUAUGAGUAUAGAUUUGGCAGAACAGAUGGCUGAUGACUCUGACGAUAGCAACAUAGUGGCAGCCAACAAAGGAAGAGGCCGAGGAAGAGGCCAAAGAGGAGGAAGAGGGCAGAAUUCAGUGUCGAGAAGGGGGUCACAGAGAGGAAGAGGCACUAGUUUGGAGAUUUCUACUCAAGGCAGAGGUUCAAAGGCCACUACAUCAACGUCUAGAAAUAUGUCUAUUAUAGAUGCUUUUAAAUCUACAAGACAGCAGCCCUCCCGAAAUGUUGCUACUAAAAAUUAUACCGAGGUGAUUGAGGUGGAUGAGUCAGAUACCGAAGAAAACAUUUUCCUGACUACUUUCAAAACUGAUCAAAGAUGGAAACCAGUCAACGAUGACCAGUUCCAGCUUAGGUCAAAUACAGAGAGAGGCUCAAGGACUUCAUCAUCAAGCAAACCCAUGUCCCAGAGCCAGAUCGCCAAAGGGGUCGACUUUGAAUCAGAUGAGGAUGAUGACGAUCCUUUUAUGAACCUUAGUUGUUUAAGAAGAAACAGAAGAUAAUAUAUUUAAUGGCUGUUGGAAGUUUUUAAGAUUCGGGAAAAACGGAAACAUUUCAGACUAAGAGUUUAUCAGUUGAAGAUUUUUUGAGUAUUGCUGUUAACUGAAGAAUUUAAUCUCUGCUUACACAGAGAUGGAGAAACUAAUGUAUAAAAAUUUAUGUUUUUUAAUAUCAUUUCCUGACCAUGACCCCACUGUCUGAGAAACUUCCCAUAUCAAGGGCAUAUAGAGUAGCGUUGGUUCUCCUUAUUUUUUAAUCUGGUGUUAAUGUUACCUGUAUUAUAAAUGCUCUAUAAAACUUAGAAGGUUAUCUGACAUACAAUAGUUUCUUUAUACUGAGUGAGAGCUUUGUGUAAAUAUCAUUCUUGAAUAAGGACUAAAAUAAAUCUACCAUUGUACAUUUCUGCUUUAUAAUCAAACACUGUGUCAGUAUUUUAAGGUGAUGACAUUUAGCCAGAGUUGAGGAAAAGAGCUUUACCCCUUUUUAUAAUUUUAGUAAUUUCUAGACAUCCUGGAUUUCCUGCACGUAAAACAGUUUAUAUGAAACAGUGCCUAAGCUCACUGUUUGUUACUCAAUAUGUGUUCUUUUUCAAUAUAUGUUCUUUUUCUAAUGCUUCUGAAGGUAUCAGCCAGAGACUUUGAACGAUUACAUAUAGCCUGUACUUUGAACAACUCGAUAAAAGUUGAUGUAAAAAAAUAAAGUCUGCCAGAAUUAUCAUUUCUUAUUCUAGUUGUAGCAAAGAUUCUAAAAUAUUGUGCUUCCGUUGAAUGGUAGUAAUUUCCUGCAUUAUUUUCCAUUAUUAAAGUUUCUCUCUCUUCCUUAUCUAAGAGAAAAGGGUUAAAAUAGUUUAACCAUAUUUUCUUAGAAAUAUUGAAUCUUUUUUUUUUUUUUUUUAAGAUAGACUGGCCAAUUGACCCUAAUGGUUAUAUUAGAUUAACAAUGCAGUAUCACUUCUGUGGAAUAUCAGUGCCAAGAUUCUUCACUAUUAAUAUUUUAUCGUAACAUUGGGCAUGGGCAAUUCCAAAAUCUUAGAGAAGCAGCUUCUGUUACUUUUUUCUUACUUGUAGGUAAGAAAGGAGAAAAUGGCUCUUGCUCCUUCUUAGGGGCACCGAAGAAUUUGACCUCUUCAGAUUUAAGUUCAGUAAUCCCAUUUUCCAUUUUAAGACUGUUAAAAGACCCCGUGAGAGUGUUCUUUUCAUCUUACAAUGCAGCUAUUUAUUCAGAACUCCUGAAGGAAGUUACAGAUCUUGGUGGUACAAUAGCCUGACAUUUCUUCAUAGGUAGAAACAAACACUAGAUGGAGCAAUAGUCCUGAUCUUUGGUAUAUUCAAACCUAGAAUGUGUCAAACUCCAAAAGACAGCAUUAGCUUAGUGGCUGGCCUCUAUAUCAUAGCCCUUUGAAAGGGCCCUAGUCAAGAAUUGCAAUGUAGCCCUGGUUUCCUUAAAAAUAUUUUCUGUACUUCAUUUGAGUAUAGGAUUAUUUUAGUAGGUAGCAUCAAGGCCUCAGCAGAAGGCCUUGUCCUGUGAAAUAUUCUCCAGCACAUCUACUCCUAUCUUUAAUAUUCGCAGUAUUUGAAUGAAGCAAAGAUGAGAUGCUUUCCACGGUGGGAUGGAAGCUGGUUUGGGAGGCAGUCUCUAGGAACUCAGCCAAUGACUCUUCUCACCUGCCAGUCGGAUGUGUUCAGAUGGGAGCCAUUGUAAGGGACAUGGUCACUAAUGCAACCUGACAGAUUCCUGAGAAAAAGAGUAAGGACUUCCUUUCUGCAAACUGCUCUAUGGUAUGAAAGAGGUACUAAAUGGGAUGCAUUUAGCUCCUGUGAAAAGUACCUCUGGCAGUGAGAGAAGGUGAAUUCUCCCCAGCUAAUUCAGGUCAUUUUGUGAAUAGCAUGUCACUUCCUGGAAAUAUAUUGGUUGGCCCUAAAGUUUGUUGGGGUUUUUCCAUGAAAUGUUACAAAAAACCCAAAUGAACUUUGGGGCCAACCCUAUAGUAAGUAUGGAGAAGGAAGUGGCACCCCACUCCAGUAUUCUUGCUUGAAGAACCCUGUGGACAGAAGAGCCUGGUGGGCUGCUGUCCAUGGGGUCACACAGAGUCGGACACGACUGAAGCGACUUAGCUGCAGCUGCAGCAGCUAUAGUAAUUAAAGUAGGAAAGAAAGACAUUUUUGAUGAAUAUUGCUGCAUAGUUAAAUAUGCCACAUAUCCUUUAUAUUGUAUAUUGAUGCAGUAAAAUCUAGGGCUUUUUGAAUGAUUUUUCGAGUUGAGAUAGAUGUGUGCAGGUGAUGACUGCAGAACCCCUGCAGUUUCCUCAGAGGCUGAGAGAAAGCCUCAGUGAAAACAUUCUGAGGGGAAAACUUCUUUCAUCAUUUACCAAAAAAUAUCUUUUUCUGGCGUGCUGUAUCAAAAAUAUAAUAGUACAUUUAUAAUUCUAGGAAAUAAAAGUGGUACUUAGGAAAUUCAGGCAUUCAGACUUUCAAUUCGGGUACAUAUUGGAUAUGGUUUCCAUAAAUGUUUAAAAUUAUGAAAUACAGUAACAGAAGUCAUAUAGUUUAAAAAAUAAUGAUAAAGUGAGCCUCAUGGCACUCUGUACAGGUCAGAAAAUAGAAUUUCACCAGUGCCUCAGGAGCACUGGUUUCCUCUCUGGGAAACCCCAUCUUGACUCCUGCCAUUGAGAAGUUCGUUCUUUGUCCACAAGGUGGUGCUUCCAAAUUUAAAAUUUACUCAGUGUAGUUUUGCAGUAAUUUUGGAACCUAUGCAAUAAUAAUACUUAACCUAUGCAGUUAAAACCAAAAUUAGCUUUCUAAUUUUAUAUGUAAAUUGCUUGGCAUAUUUCACCUGUGUUACUAAGGAAAUUGUCAGUUUGAUAACUUUUACAUAUAAAGGUUCAAGAAGAAAAUGUUUUAUGUUUUAAUAAAGAGAAAAGUCUUUAUUAGAAAAAUGGAAUUAAAAAGUUUCCCAUUGUAAAAUUUUUCUCUUGAAAUAUACUAUAUUUAAAAAUAACUUUCACCCAGUGUAAUCUGUUGUCCUUUUUUGUAUUCCUUAUACAUUUCUCACAGUGUUUUAUGGCUUUUUAAAGCUAAUUCUUUUUUUUUUUUUUAAGCUCAUUAUAGAAUAAAGAUUUGGUUUUCUUGAGUCCAAAGAGCUUCCAUAUUCUUGAAUGAAAAAUGUCUACAUUUCAUCAUUUGCUUAUCUUAUUCCCUUUUAAUAUUUCUGAACUUAAUGUUUAAUAACUAGGUCUCAAAAUAUUAGCAGUAUAGAUCGGUCUCUAUGAAGUCAGUUCAUAUAGCUUUCCUUUGCCAAGCACAUUUGUAUAUCUGUUCUGUGACUGGUAGCUAAAUCUGAUUUUAGAUAUUUAAAUCAUAAAUGCAGUGCAUAUUCUUCAAAAUUCAGACAUUGAAAUCUUUAUCAAAACAUGUAUUUCCCCAUAAUCUCCCCAGACAACCUCUCAACAGUUUAGGUACGUAUUUCUCUAAUUGCUUUUGAGAUGAUUACUAACAAAAAUGGUUGAAUCAAAUUGUGUAGUCAAAUAUUUCAGUCUGUGUGUCGAGGUAUAUGUUCACCUUUUACUUAUUUUGACAUCUUGAGUUUUCCGUAUCUUGUUUUAUCAAGCUCUUUUAAUUAAGCCACCAUUGUCUGUUUUUUUGAGAGAUAAUUGCAGUGCUUUCCAAUGUGUAAUUUAAAUGUUAUCACUCUAAUAAUUUGGGUCAAAUAAAAGAAUAUUUAAUCUGUGUGCCUUGAUGUUGUAAGUGGUAAAGCAAGAUUCAAAGGGCUCUUGACCAGUGAUUGUGCAUAAUAGUUGAUUUGUUAUGUUUAAAAUCAGUUUUUUCUCAGCUGUAAGCUAAUAAAACUAACUUCAGUCUA